CUUAGAUAUACGCUAGAGAAACUGGUGAACUGGAAGAAAGUCAUACUCUUCAAGAAAGGGACAAGGGAUUUCCCGAUGUGCGGAUUCUCGAACACGGUGGUGCAGAUCCUGAAGAAUCUGAACGUGCCUUUCGAAGACGUGAACAUCCUUGAGAACGAGAUGCUGAGACAAGGGUUGAAAGAGUACUCCAAUAGGCCCACGUUUCCUCAGCUUUACAUCGGAGGUGAGUUCUUUGGUGGUUGUGAUAUUACUCUCGAGGCGUUUCAGAGCGGGGAGUUGCAGGAAGUGGUUGAAAGAGCUAUUUGUUCUUAA